GCGGCGAGUAAGAUGGAAGAUGAGGAGGUCGCUGAGAGCUGGGAGGAGGCGGCAGACAGCGGGACCUUUGGCUAGGCGCCAGUCCCAGAGUCCAAGUCCAUAACAGUGGGGAGAAGAGGCUGGAAAAUAUGUGAUACCUGUGCUCAUGAAGGACUGGGAAAGGGAGAGCUUAAUGUCUGAGAAGCAGGAAAUAGACAGACGGUUGGAAAAAAAACUGAAGAUCACACAAAAGGAGAGCAGGAAAUCCAAAUCUCCUCCCAAAGUGCCCAUUGUGAUUCAGGACGAUAGCCUUCCCACGGGGCCCCCUCCACAGAUCCGCAUCCUCAAGAGGCCCACCAGCAACGGUGUGGUCAGCAGCCCCAACUCCACCAGCAGGCCAGCCCUUCCUGUCAAGUCCCUAGCGCAGCGGGAAGCAGAGUACGCCGAGGCCCGGAAGCGGAUCCUGGGCAGCGCCAGCCCUGAGGAGGAACAAGAGAAACCCAUCCUCGACAGGCCUACCAGGAUCUCCCAACCCGAGGACAGCAGGCAGCCCAAUAAUGUGAUCAGACAGCCUUUGGGUCCAGAUGGGUCACAGGGCUUCAAACAGCGCAGAUAAAUGCGUGCGGGGAAGGAUGCCGCCGCCGCCGCUGCCGCCAUCACCGCCUCUUGGGUCGUCCGCCACGGGUCGCACUGCCGUGGCAGACAGCUGGACUUGAGCAGAGGGAACGACCUGACUUACUUGCACUGUGAUCCCCUUUGCUCCGCCCACUGUGACCUUGAACCCCAUGCACUGUGACCUCCCUCCUUCCCCCCCUCUUCCCACUGUGAUUGGCACGUCUACAAGGGCUGUCCCAAGUCAAUGGAAAGGGAAAGGGUGGGGGUCAGGGGAGGGUUGGGGGGACCCACGAAGGACUCGAGUAGAGAGUCAGACAGUGCCACUUGGCCACUUGGGGUAAAGCCAGUGCCAGCAAUAACAGUUUAUCAUGCUCAUUAAUUUGGGAUUUCAAAACACAGAUGAGAACUCCCGUCCUCCCACCCGCAAGUGCAUGUCUUCAUCACUUAAAAGCAAGUUCCAUUUGAAAAUA